AAAUGUCAAUUGUCAAGUUGCAAUUUGUCUUAAAUUGUACUUUGCAAUAGACGUGUCGUAACUAGAAAAAUAUUUUGUAAAGUAAUUAAAGGGAAUCAGAAAUGGGAGUCGAUAUUUUAGGAUUCGCAUAUGCUGCGACUGUUGCUGCUGGUGGUAUUAUGGGAUAUGCUAAAGCUGGAUCCAUACCAUCCCUAGGUGCUGGGCUUAUCUUCGGAUCUAUCUUGGGUGUUGGAGCCUACCAGUUAAGUCAAGAUUCAUCUAACUACACACUGAUGCUGGGCACAACAACUGCUUUAGGUGGACUGAUGGGAUACAGGUACUACAAUGGCAGGAAGUUCAUGCCGGCAGGUCUAAUGUUUGUGUUAUCUGUGGGCAUGUUAACAAAACUGCUUGUUAAGAAUGUUGGAUCCAGCAAACUGCCAGUGAAAGCAGGUUAAUAUAAGUACAAUAUGUAAGUUAUACAAGUUGUAAGCACCUUGUUUAAUAAAUAUAUUAUACUUUGUUUUUUUUUUUAUUUUGCUGCAUUAAGUAAUCUGUGGAUUGAUGUUUGAAGUUACAUAUGAUCAAUUUUGCGUCUAAAGCAAGAAAAAUACUCACAAAGAUUUUGUUUUACAGUAAUGACCAACUUAACUCUGUUAGCUAUGUUUUAUUCUAGAUUUAAUUAAAAAAAAAAAACAAGUUGCUUACAUCAUUAAUUUGUAUUAAAUUUGCAUAAUUAUUGUGACUUGAUAUCACAUUUCUAACAAGUCAGUUAUCACAUUCUAACCUUGACUUUUGUUAAUUUUGUAUUGGAGAACAAAAAAAUAUGUAUAUUUUGAUUUUUUUGGUUGACUUUGCUUGUGUUCAUUUUCUGUAUUUUUAAAUACACAAUUUAAAGUAUGUAAGUUUACAAAUGUUGUUUACAAUUAGUGCGGUGAUGGGUGUGCAAAGUAGAUGGAAUAAAAGAUGUUAUAGAAA